AGUUUCACUCCCGCAACCUUCUACCACAGUCAUGGCGUCCUCCUCCUCCUCCUCCUCCUCCUCCUCAAGCCCUACAACCCGCAUCAUGAACGAGCUGGUAAACUACCGAAAAGAGCCCAAUCCUGCGCUGGAAUCCCUAGGCCCCGUCUCGGAAGACGACCUCUUCCACUGGACCGCGGUGCUAAAAGGUGUAGAGGGGACCGCAUACGAGGGUGGCCGCUGGAAGAUCGAUAUCAAGAUUCCCGAAAAUUACCCACACAAAGCCCCUGAAAUGAAGUUUUUGACGAGCAUUUGUCACCCAAAUGUUCACCUCAAGGUCCCCCCCGCCCCACCCUCUGCCUGCGGGGCGCUGUUACUGAUAGUGUUUGGGGUAGACGGGGGAGAUUUGUUUAGAUUUGCUCAAAAAUAAUUGGUCCGCGGUGUGCUCAAUCUCGUUGACAUUAACGUCGGUGCAGCAGUUACUUGCCAGCCCUGAAUGGGAUUCUCCGCUUAAUGUGGACGCAGCGGCGGUUCUUAGGGCUGGGGAUACGGUUGGGUAUGAGAGUUUGGUGAGGGUUUGGAGUGUGCUGCAUGCCGGGAAGCCGCCGACUCUUGGGUAGGGAAGGGGAUUGCUUGCUGGCAAUUGAGAGGGAGAGCGGGGAUUGGAGGGAUGUACUGUAGUGGCGUUUAUUGCUGAAUAUGAAUACCGUAUACGUACCUUGUUUUGCGAGUUGGGGGCUGGGUUGGAUGUGCUUGCGGUGGUUUGGGAGAAUGGGGGCGUGUUGGCGAUAUGCUUGAUCUGGUAGAGCCAUCGCGUUGGAUAACUGUCCGUUCAAUGGUUUUCAACCUUAUUAUA